CUUGCCGCCGAAUUCCUGGGGAAGCCCGAGCUGUACAUCUCGGUCAGCUACAACUACGACAAGAACCUUUCGUUCGGGGGCACGUUUGAUCCCGCGUUCGUUCUCAACAUCACGGAUUUGAACAACAUCAAUCCGGAGCUCAACGAGAAGUACAGCAAGAUCAUAUUUGAACAUUUUCAAAAGACGCUCGGAAUUCCUGGUAAUCGCGGCUACGUAGUUUUCAACGACCCGGGUCCAGCUUUCAUCGGCUUUCAAGGCACGACGGUCGCCACCAUCUUUGGCAAGAAGUAA